UUCAACCCACCUUCCAUGUUGUUCGCAACUACAAGAGUCCACAACUACUUUCACUGCGUCUCAAACAUUGAACCUCGUUGGUAAAACAAUUCUCAGGGCAAUGGCCUGCGGUUCUUCUUGCUGCGGCUCUUCGCGGGGGCAAGCGCCUGUCUCCACUCCACAGGAUCAAGGGCAAUCGGCGGUGACCCAGAAUGCAGAAAGCCGCGCUGAAUCCCCUGAAUCCCCCCAAAGAUGCAAUACCACGGCACCAUCUCCCGAUGGGAACUGCUGCGGCGACGACGAAGACCCAUCAAUCAGCGUAAACUCAAUCAACGAUGAUUGCUGCUCGUCACCCACGUCCAAAGCAAACCACGAGGACAAGGAAGCUGCUAGCUGCUGCAACGAUUCACAAGAAGAUGGAUGCUCCCCCGAGGACAAAUGCUGCUCUGACAAAAGCACCAAUGUGCCUAGCUGUUGCGAAGGAAAGUCAUUCCCUUGCUGUGGACCGUCUUGCAUUGAUCGGCUGGCACUCCGCGAAUGCGUUGCCGAGAAAAACACUGAUCACGCCUGCCCAAGCGAAAAUCCCCAGGGCGAAGGCAACGCCUGUCAAAAACACAAGGAAAGCGCAUGGGGCAAAUACAGAGCUCAACUAGAAACAUUGGGCUGCAUUUGCCGGACACUGCUCGCCAGAAACCAAGAAACAUGCUGCACUCCAUCACGAAAUUAUCUACCGCUCGAGAAUUGUUGUUCCUCAUCGGAUUCAGGAUCGACCACCGGCUGUAGAGACCAGAAAGAGCAAUCGGCUGCUUGCGCAGAUUCGGGUUGCAGCAAAGGUCCUUUGUCUGAGGUCCCUCCUUUGAACGACGCUGGUAGCUUGAAGAAAAGUGUACUUCCCAACCUCUCGACCUGUGCUAGCGCAUGUUGCAAAACUCCAAUCACUCAAAUUCAGAGUUCCAUGGAUCUUGAGAAAGGGGUUUCCAGCGAGGAUCACAUCGUUCUUAGUAUCCAGGGGAUGACAUGUACAGGGUGUGAAACCAAACUAUCCCGUACUUUGGCAUCGAUUCCUACUACUCUCAGCAACAUUAAAACAAGCUUAGUGCUCGCGAGGGCCGAAUUCGACAACCAUGGCACCAUGUCUCCUGCUGAGAUUAUUGCAUAUCUCGAAAAGACAACAGAAUUCAAAUGCGAACUACUCCAUGCGCAGGGCUCUACUCUGGAUUUGGUUAGUACUGGUGUCAUUUCCGACAUCGUCAAUGGUACAUGGCCUGCUGGUGUUACAGACGUCAAGUCCGUUGGCAAGAAUGCAGUACGGGUUCACUUCGACGCGAGCAUUAUCGGUGCUAGGGAUCUUCUCGGGCAUUGGUCCACAGUGCGACUUGCUCCUCACCACGCUGACCCGACUAUCGAUGUGGGUGCAAAGCACGUUCGCUGGGUCGGGCUUAUGACGCUGCUGUCUAUCCUACUGACCAUUCCAGUUCUGGUAUUGGGAUGGGCCCCGAUCCCUGGUAAAGAGCAAAAGAAGGUCACCCUAUCUUCCAUCUCUCUUGCUCUUACCACCAUUAUUCAAUUUGUUGUCGCAGGAUCCUUCUACCCGAAUGCUAUCAAGGCGCUGAUAUUCUCGAGAGUGAUCGAGAUGGAUCUACUGAUCGUCCUCAGUAGUAGCGCUGCCUAUGUAUUUUCAGUCGUCUCCUUUGGAUAUUUAGUCACCCAAAAACCGUUGUCGACUGGGGAGUUCUUUGAAACCAGCGCAUUGCUGAUCACAUUGAUUAUGCUCGGACGCUAUCUCGCUGCACUGGCUCGCCAAAAGGCUAUCGAGUCGGUUUCCAUCCGCUCGCUACAAUGCCCUACGGCUACAAUUUUGACUAAAGGCACAGAGCAAGAAGUCGACACGCGUUUACUCCAGUACGGCGAUAUCUUCAUUGUACCAGGAGAUACUAUAAUCCCGACCGACGGCCAGGUUAUAUCAGGAUGUUCAGAAGUCAAUGAGUCUAUGAUCACAGGUGAAUUCCGACCCGUGGAAAAAUACAAGAGCAGCACUGUCAUCGCAGGGUCCAUGAACGGACCUGGAGUGUUAAACGUCCGGCUCACUAAAAUUCCUGGCGACAACACUGUCAGUACUAUUGCAAAGAUGGUGGAUGACGCAAGGCUUUCAAAGCCUAAAAUACAGGGUAUGGCUGAUAAAAUCGCAUCCUACUUCGUCCCUAUUGUCCUCCUCUUAGCGGUAAUCGUUUUCUGCAUCUGGGUGGCUACUGGGAUCACUAUCCAGAAUAAGUCUGAAUCUGAGGCUACCAUCCAGGCCAUUACAUAUGCCAUAUGCGUACUCAUAGUCUCUUGUCCAUGCGCUAUCGGUCUCGCCGUUCCGAUGGUAGUCGUAGUUGCAUGUGGAGUAGUCGCCAAAAAAGGCGUCAUCUUCAAAUCUUCCGAGGCCAUGGAAGUAGCAAACAAGACUACCCAUGUCGUUUUCGACAAGACUGGAACACUCACAAAAGGUCAGCUGGGUAUCGUUAAAGAAGAAUAUCUCGAUAACACCCCGAGAACAAAGGCUCUUCUUUUAGGGCUAGUCCAAAACUCCAAACAUCCAGUUGCACUCGCCGUGGCAGCACAUCUCGUCAAGCAAAACAUCCAAACCAUUGAGGUUUCCAAUCCCCAGAAUCUCGUCGGCAAAGGUAUUGAGGCUUCUUCCGGAGACGAGAAACUCUUUCAGAACUUCCUUUCUCAGGAACACACAACAUUUUGUUUCACCAUCAAUGGGUCUCUUGCUGCUCUGUUCAACCUGCAAGAUGCACUUCGAGAGGAUACUCUACCCACCCUGGAGAAACUUCGACAAAAAGGAAUUUCAGUUCACAUACUUUCUGGCGAUGAGGAUGGUCCGGUACGCGCAGUGGCAUCCGAACUUGAUAUUUCGGUCUCCAACUGGCGAUCUCGCUGUAGCCCAGCGGACAAACAGGCCUACGUGAAAGCUCUUCUCGCCCCAUCGGCAUCUAGAACCCCUUCCAUAAAAACGGCUCAACCUGUUGUCAUGUUCUGCGGCGACGGAACCAAUGACGCUGCUGCUCUCGCCCAGGCCACCAUAGGUGUUCAUAUGAACGAAGGAACUGAUGUUGCUGGUUCGGCUGCCGAUAUUGUACUGAUGCGGCCCGGUCUUGCUGGUGUUCUCGUCGCUAUCAACAUGAGUUCCAAAGCAAUGAACAGGAUUGCAUUCAAUUUUGGAUGGAGUUUCGUGUAUAAUUUGUUCGCUGUACUUCUUGCAUCUGGUGCAUUUGUACGUGUGCGGAUCCCUCCUGAAUUUGCGGGUCUUGGUGAAUUGGUGAGUGUUCUGCCGGUGGUGGCAGCAGGAGUGCUACUCAAGUGGACAAAAAUCUGA